UGCUGCUGGAGUUGAUUUUACAAGAUGAAGCUUUAUUGCAUCAGCUUGAUUCUUCUCGUUGCUGUAGGUUAUGCGUUUGGGGUAAAUAUUGCUCUAAAUGCCGACACCCAACAGAGUUCAACAUUGAGAGGAAUAUACACAUCAGACCGAGCUGUGGACGGGGACACUGGGAAGAUGUUCUUUCACGACACGUGUACACACACCAACUGUCACGACAAGGAUCCUCACUGGACUGUGUGUCUUGGAAAUAUGACUUCCAUCUCGUCGGUCACAAUCCACAACCCUGAUUACGCAAGAGGUCGCCUAAGGAACAUUAGAAUUGACGUAUUCCAAACUAACCCGAGCCAGCCAGGUGCUGUGGCAAUGCCUUGUGGGUCUGUAACCUCCACACCUGUUACUGAUGGAACCGAAAUGACGUUCACGUGUCCAUCCAACACCGUGGGUCGGUACAUAAGAAUCAGCAAAACUACUAUGGAGAAGAGUCAACGGGGAUGGCAUCAGCAUCAUCAAUACAUGUGUGACGCCCUGCUUCUUUGUGAAGUAGAGGUAACUGGAAAACCAUCUAUUACCUGUCCAACCGGUUUUAUGAUGAAUCGAGGUUCCUGCUACCACUUUUCAACAGUUGGUGUUAACUCCUGGUUCGAAGCACGGGAUGCCUGUCAAGCAAUGGGAGCUGACCUUGUUGUUAUUAAUGAUCAAAUGGAGAAUAACUUCAUUGAGAUGCAGCUUGCAGGACUCCCCGGUAACAUGGACUAUUUUGCUGGUCUGCACAAGUUGAACGACGGCGUGACAUGGAUGUGGAUUGAUCCAAAUGCGAUGAUGGGCGUUUCAGUUGGAGGGAAUAACAACGGAAUGGCAUUCUCCGACUGGCGAGGUAAUCAAGGCCUUAAUCCGAAUCAACGCUGUAUGCGGUUACAAUUCGUGAACAUGCAAAUGGGGUACAGCUGGUUCAACGUAGACUGCACUCCGGGUAUGAGAACACAAUACAUUUGUGAGAUAAGUCCCACUUAUCCCAUGCAGCCCAGACAGAAAUGUUUCUAGAUUUACCUAUAACAGGGUUUACAAUGGAAACUGCGAUAAUCGAUGAAUAAAGUAAAUUCGAUAAGUA